UUUGUAAUCAGUGAUAUUGGAUAAUUGAUCGAUAAUUACGUUUACUUGUAGUUGGUGAUUUCAACAUAUGUUUUUGGUGCAUAUUUUGCUCCGUCAGAAUCGGCUACAUUAUCUUACAUCGUCCUCUUGGUAGUAAAAACGGGGUAAACAACGGAGGUCAAGUCGGAUGUCGCAUAAAGAAGUUUAAAAGAUGAAAAUGAAGCAAAGUGACAAGGUUCCAGUUUUUUCCUUCCGGCGUCUUCGUUGGUCAACUGGAGGUCGAUGAAAACCCGGAUGGAUCUAAAGCUGAUUUAUCCUUCGAAAACUCGGCGGAUAUUACUGGAUGUGAAAGAUAUAAAGAAUGCAGUGAGCAGAAAGUGACGUUACAAGAAAGUGAAGAGGAUACGGAAGUUGACAAACCGAUGACGUCACAUAGAAUUGAUGAUUGCUCGGGUGUUGGACGAUUGAUUGUGUCACACGAAGGCUAUGAUCAAGAAUGUGAUAUAUCAUUAGCGUCAACUGAAAUUGAAGAGGAUCCGGAAGUUGACAGAUUGAUGACGUCACAAGAUGGUGGCAAAGAUCUGGAUGUUGAGAGGCCGGUGAAGGCACAGGAGGAUUUUUUCAUCACCAUAAAACACCGCUUAGCGACAACGUUGAAAAAUGUUGGUGAGCAGAUAUGGAACGGAUCUCUUCUGCUAAGUGAUUUUCUGUGUGCUAAAUCGGCGGACAUCUGUGGCCGUCACGUGGUCGAGUUGGGUGCGGGUGCAGGACUUAGCUCGAUAGUGGCCGCCAUGUAUGCAGCGUCUGUCUACUGCACAGACGUCGGUGAUAAUGUAUUGCAAUUAGCGCGCGAGAACGUGUCAAGCGCAUUCACAUGUCCAACAUUGCCACGCCCACUCUGUCCCGUGCGCGUGCGUCAACUUGACUGGUUCAGCGAUUUUGCAGAAUCAACUUCCGGAAAUGACCCAGCAUUUCACCUUAGUGAGGAUGACGUCACCAAUAUUUCUAACAUAGAUGUCCUCAUCGCAGCCGAUGUGGUAUACGAUUUUGACUUGACUGAUGCGUUCUUGAAUACUGUACUUGCGAUCUCUGAGAGAACGCCUAAUCUAGUUGCAUACAUUGCUUUGGAAAAGAGAAUAGUAUUUACUAUUUCCGACCUUCAAGAAGUCAGCCCAGCUUAUAACUACUUUCGACUUCAGUUGGAUGACAUCAUUUCCGGUUCGAGACCCUCUUGUUGUGAUGUCACUUUGGAACAGUUGCCCGUUGACUUUCCACAAUGUUUUCUGUAUCAACGGACCCAUCUCAUGGAGCUGUUAAAGAUCACAUUUUCAAGGAAAAUAACGGAUGUGCACUGAUCACUUAUUCCGAUAUAAGUACGCACGCAAGCCUAAUGUCACUAGUUGGGACCAUUUUUUCCUGGAUAUUGAUGACACUGUCAUUUGGAAGUUAGUGUUUAACCACUCGUGCUAUUGACUACAUUUCGGUGCGAAAUAGAUACUGUAAGUUACCUCAAAGGACUUUAAGACACACAUUUGGAAUUUAUUCAAAUUUUUAAUUUUCCAACGCUUCGUUAGGAAAAGUAAAAUUUAUAUUGUAUGAGGCGUUUCAUGCCUUGCCUUUGUUUUUUACCUUAAUAAAUUCAUGUUGUAAUUGCAUUUGAGAGAAUAAAAGUGUUAGCAUA